AUGUACCAAUAUGCCAAAUUGAUGGAGGAAAUUGAUUAUAAUCAACAACUGUCAUUCACACAAACAUUUGAAAAAGAUUCUGACCAAUACAUAGAAAGGUACGUCUCCACUAUUUCAGACUAUUUGGGGAAGAAAUACUGCGAAAAAUUGUAUGACGCUAAAAUGGGGUGUUGCAUCGAUUUACUCGCGCCUUUGUUCACUUUUGUUGGAUACCAACUUGACCUACUAAUGAAUAUCAAAGCUAAAAUAGUCUUUGGUGCAGCACUUCCUGGGUGUAAAUACAUCUCAAAGUUGUAUUCAGAAACUGAUGUUAACAAGGAGUACUCUGUACUUGCUUUUGAAAACGUAUACAAAAAGGAACACGAAAAGAUGUUAAAAGAAUACUCUCCAAAGAAGAUUGGAACAACCGAAUUUAAGAUGAUGAGUACGUCACAAUCUGAUAACAAUACCAAUAACGAUGCAAUGGCUUUUGUGGUGUAUAAUUUCUUUAAAAUUCGCAUCGAAAAGUCUUUCACUGAAAAGUGCGUCAAACCACUCAAAAAUAUAGUGACUGAUUUAUACAAAGAAAUGUUCGGGAAAUACACAGAUAAGAUCACUUUAACUGGAAAUAAUGAAGAAUUUGAUGUCACUAAAACACCAAGUGGGUUUGAUAUAAAAGCUUCCCUGCCCGGUAUUAAAUUGUCCAAUACUUUUCAUUGGAAUUACGGCUUUGACAGCACAUUCACGUCUUUAAUUUUGACAUAUGAUAAUAAUGGAAAGUGUUACAAAUAUGAAGAUGGGUAUUUCUAUUGGGUAUACAAAAACUACGUUGUCUUUAAAACACUCAACAAACAGAAAUUCGAAUUUGAGCAAACUAAUAUUAACCUCCCAAGUGACUUACUUGUGAUGAUUUCGAAUAUCUCUAAUAUGGACAAACAAUAUAAGGACGUUGAUCAGAAAAUCAUUGAACAACAAAAGAGAGACAGAAUCUCAAAUGCACAGUUCCAGGAUCAUUUAAGACGAAAAGAAGAGGAUGACAGAAGAGAAAGAAGUUUCAGAGCUAUGAUGAAUGGCCAUCUUUCAUUAAUUUAA